CUGCCUCGCAAGUAAAGACCACAGCCAGCGUUUGAUCCAAAAAUGCCGAUCAGAAACAUCGCCGUUGGCCAUCCACAUGAGGCGACUCAGCCCGACGCCUUAAAGGCGGCGUUGGCUGAGUUUAUCUCAACUCUUAUUUUUGUCUUCGCCGGAGAAGGUUCCGGUAUGGCCUUUAACAAGCUCACCAACAACGGCGUAGCCACUCCUUCUGGUCUCGUGGCCGCCGCUAUAGCUCACGCAUUCGCUCUUUUUGUUGCUGUCUCCGUUGGUGCAAACAUCUCAGGUGGACAUGUCAAUCCUGCUGUCACCUUUGGUGCUUUCGUCGGCGGUAACAUCACUCUUCUACGUGGUAUUCUUUACUGGUUCGCUCAGCUUCUCGGCUCCACCGUCGCUUGCUUGCUUCUCAAGUUCAGUACCGGCGGUUUGACUACCUCAGCUUUCGCUCUAUCCUCUGGAGUUGGUGUAUGGAACGCAUUUGUUUUCGAAAUCGUGAUGACCUUUGGACUUGUGUAUACCGUAUAUGCAACUGCCGUUGAUCCAAAGAAGGGAAGUUUGGGAACAAUUGCACCGAUCGCUAUCGGUUUUAUCGUUGGUGCUAACAUUUUGGCGGGAGGAGCAUUCGACGGUGCAUCAAUGAACCCCGCAGUGUCGUUCGGACCAGCUUUGGUCAGCUGGAGCUGGGAAAAUCACUGGGUGUACUGGGCUGGGCCUUUAGUUGGCGGUGGGCUUGCUGGGCUUGUUUAUGAGUUCUUCUUCAUCCACAGCACCCAUGAGCAGCUCCCUACCACUGACUACUAAAAGAUAACGGUGGUUGCGAGUGGAUGGCAUGAAGGUGGUGGCGGUGGCCACGCGGCUUUUCUUUCUCUGGUGUAUUUAUUUGUAUCUCUUGAGGGUAUUUUAUUUAUCCUGUUAUUUAAUCUGUAAUCGUCGAUCUUUGGUUUUUCUUUUUCAUCAUUAUCGAUCCAAGGGUGUGAUUUGUGUAUUCUGAUCCGGUUGUAUUAUUCUCAUUUCAAGACAUCCUAUCGUCCCCGUAUUUUCGCCUCA